GUGCUGAGGAGUACGUGGACCAGCUCGCUGAUGGGCGAGGCGUUCCGCUCGUCCCUGCAGUGGGUACUCGCUGCGAGUGGGCUGGACGGACGUCUGCAGUUCGAGUGGCUGAUGGGAGACAAGUUCAUGCAGUACGAGGACAUGGCCAAGUUGCACGCCGCUGUCUUCUUUCCGGAGCAGCCCGACAAGCUCACGUUCUGGGAACAAUACGAGAUGGCGAUGCCGCUGUGGCUUCCCAGCGCGGACCUCUGGGUGCGCAUCCACGCCCUCGGCGAGUUCCGCUACUCCGUCUUCGCGCGGCGCUGGGCAGCCGCGCUGCCGGAGGGCGAGGGCGCGGCGGGCGCGUGCGGGCUGCCUUCGCCGCUGUUCUUCGGGGCGGGCGGCCUGGAGGAGCUGCACGUGGACUCGCCAGUGACGGCCGCGUUUUGGUUCCACCUCACGGACUACAGCAUCUUCCCGCACCUGGGCCUGUUCGACUCGGCGGCGCAGCUGACGGAGCAGCUGCUCGCGGCCCAGCUGGGCGACAUCAGCCGCGACAUGGCCGCGUUCAACGAGCGCACCUGGCGCGUCUCCUCGGCCUUCUACCAGGCGGCCCUCUGCGCGCUCACGGGCGCCGCGGCCUCCGCUGCAGGCCGUGGCGGCGAGACCACCGGCUCGCUCACGCCGCGCUUCAUGCCGCAACCAGCCAGCCCGUCCGACUGGUCGCGCGUGUGCGGCAGCCGCGGUGA